AUGGACCAGCCUGCCUUCUCUGAGGCCCAAGACCUCCUCCAUCACCAAACUGACAGGCCCAGAACAAAGAUCUCUGCCAAGCACAAAUAUUACUGUGACAUGAUGAUGAAGGUUCGAGGGCUGGCCACUGAUAAGAGCUGUGAGAAGAACAAGACCUCUGUCCACAGUGUGUCGCCCACCACUCGUGGCCUUUGUGAGGGUCCAGCUGUGACGUGUAUGAAGACGUCUGAGUUUUACAACUGCCACCUCAUCAUCUUCAAAGUCAUUCAGUGUACUCUCCACCCAGUGGCUGUGCCCCCACACUGUUACUAUAAAGGUGUCACCUUCCAGAGGGAUGUGAGAAUAGUCUGUGCAGGCAAACAUCCAAUUCAUUUGGAUGAAUAG